GUCGUCUUCUGUUUGUCCCAGUGACUUUGCAGCGCGGUGCAUUUACUUUAUUUGUCUGGCUGGCCAUGGCGCUGCGUUUGGCGACGGAAAAGUUGGGGGGAUCGAACCCUGCCGUGACUUUGUACCGACAGAUCACAAAGCAAGUGCCGCGUGUGCUGACUCUGUAUGACAUCAGCAUGGAGCCAUCUGAGGCGCGCUUGGCGGUGCAGGCGUUCUUCCGCAAACACGCAGACGUGAAGGACCCCCGCGUAGUCGACAUGCUCAUCACCAAGGCCGGCAUGGAGCUGGAAGAAACGUUGAUGCAGUGGAAACAAAAGGCGCAUUUGGAAACGUUGCUGGACAGCGGCGUGAAGCUCAAGAACAACAAGCCCAAGGUGUUUGACGAUUACGAGGAAGGCUUGGAGAACUUUUUCGCCGGCAUCGACACCGAGGACGACGACGACGACAAGGACUACAAGUAGGCAGACGCAAACUAUCCUCUUGUCCCUGUAAACCCAACGGAUCAAUGCAUCUUGGCUGCUGGUCGUUCGUCAGUCGACUCUUCCGCGUCGCCACUACCUACA